AUGACGUCGCGGUGGCUCGAUUACGGCAUGACGGCUGAGAACUCCAUGGAUCUUCCCGGCGCAUCGGAGACCAGCUCCACUUACCGAGUACUGCUUGCUCGGAAGUUCUUCCGCAGUUCUUACGGAGUCAAAAUCGACCGACUUGCCCGAGUCCGCGAGAACCAACGAAAGAGUCGGGCGAAGAAACAAGAGCAUGUUCGUGACCUGGAACAGAAGCUAGCAUCCUUCCAGGAGCGAAUUCGCCGCCAGCAUGUUGAGCACCGUCUGGCUGUUCAGAGACUCGAAGCUGAAAAUGCCAAGUUGAAGCAUCUUCUGGCUGGCUCUGGCUUAACUGCAAGCCAAAUCGAUGGUUAUUUGCAGGCAGACAGUGAUCCGGCCAUGGCGGAGAAAAUUGCCAUCCCUCCCAUUCGUGGGGCGGAAGCUGGAUGCGGUAUAAAACAUUCAGAUACAGUAGCUACACGGUACAGUCGAUCAGGUCCUGUGAAUGCACAGCAGGGGCUCUCGGAACAACCAGGUAUAGAUGGCAUACCUGAUCAACGGGAUAUCGAACCGUCCCUGAUAUCUAAGCAAGACCAGUCCAUCUGCGGCUGCACCCCUGCCGAAGAUGAGAAAUCAUGGCCCACCAACGAAGACAUCCUCAAUACCACGCUCUGUGCGCUUGCAGAGGAACUCAUCAACCAAUACAACACCUGCGGAGUGGACAUGGCCGAGAUUCGGAGAAAGCUAUGGUCUGGUUUCUCUAAGGGUCUCACCACCGACGAAGGAUGCCGAGUCCAAAAUCAAAUCUUGUUUCAAGUUCUGGAUGAAAUCAGCAACAAUUGAGUCUGGCUUGUCUUGAAUAUUGGAUUUCCAUAUCUAUAAUUCUACUGCUAUGAAUGAUUUAUAGCCAAGCUUUAUGAAGUACUCGCUAGGUCCAUCUCUGCCUCCUAGCAAGCCACUUGACUACAUAAACCAGGCCUAGAAGCACGGGAACCUCAAUCAGGGGGCCGACCGUUGCGGCCAAAGCUUGAUCGCUAUCGACCCCAAAUGUCGCUAUCGCCACCGCGAUUGCAAGUUCAAAGUUAUUACUAGCCGCCGUGAAGCUUUGAGUGCACGACAGUUUAUAUCCAAAGCCACACCGCCGCGUCACAACCAGAGUGACCAUGAAAAUGACCGAAAAAUAUACGAUCAGCGGUGCGGCCACUCGAACCACGGACACGAUCU